AUGGCGGCAACAACGAUCGAAACACCACCGGAUCCAGUCGCAACCUAUAAUCUGCUUAGAACUCCAGGCUCAGCGGCAGACACUUUCAGCAUCCAUCAGCCCAAUGGAGCAACUCUCCACGCCUCCAAGAAGUCUCACAAGCUGGGUAGCGAUGAGCUCAUAAUCUCCCAAGACACGACUUCCGACGCUCUUGUCGCCGCAAAGCUAAAAGCCUCCUCCAAAAAAUGCGAAGUGAAGUUCGAUGCAAAAGGAGACUGGCAAACCGUCGCGAGCAUCGAUGAUCUCGGCACCGCUUAUGCAGUUGGUAAAGAAGGAAGAGUAUGGAGGAGGUGAGCUAUCUGCUAUUUUCCCAGGAACACAGCCUUCUCACCUCUUCUCAGAUUGAAUAAAGACUCCACCGGCAAGAUCUCCGAACUUUCCUAUGGCGACAUGCAGCUACACGAAUCCACCUCGUCUCAAGGCUCACCCCUAGCCAUCUACUAUCUUCAUUCUGAAGGGAGUCGAAACGCAGAAGGAACGGUCCAAAUUGGACAAUUGGAUUUCUCUACGGAUUCUCUUGGCAGGGAAUACGAAUUGCAGGCUUUGAUUGCAGUUCUGGGUCUGAUGGAGUGUAGGAGACUGGAUAUCAGGUCGAGGAAUUUGCCACUGCAGAAGGGCGGUGUGUUUCCGAAUUCCGUGCCCGGGCCGACGGGAUGGAAGUAG